AUGUGUUCCAUCAAUGUGCGUUUUUCUACCGUGAUCGAUCCAAUCCUCUACCUCGGGUCACCAGAUGAACGACGUGCGACGCCGGACAUCCGAUGCCCACCUGAAAAUGCCCCAAUCCUGUCCCCACCCCAUACCUGGACGGAGAGCAGCGACGAAUCCACCAGCGACGAAACGGCGCGCCAGGACGAGCGGCUCCUCUUUACGGCCACCGUCUCGAUCCCGGACGGCUCGAUCCUAGCCAGUCAGCCCGUUUCCAACGCCUAUGAGGCCAAGGAACUCGAAGUCGGUACCUGCUUCUUGAAGCUACUCCUCGGCACCGGCCAAAGUUUCUUCCUCUCCGCCGCCGCCACCUCGAUUCGACAGCGCGUCUUUUCGAGGGUGAAAUGUGGGGCGACGAGUCGGGCGUGCGAGCUGCAAUGUGAGUUCGAGCAGGGCGCCGACGGGCAGCGCAAGGCGCGUGUGGCCGCACUCUGCUUAAGAUCAGCCUUCGGCCCCACCGCCGGCCCCGUCCAGCCGACCUCGUUCACCACCAAGCACUCGCUGAGCUGCGCACUGACUCAUAUCGACUACGCGAGCGUCCCGUUCAUUGGUCAUCUACCGACCGACGUGAUUGGGCGGUCGCUGUUGUCAUUCGUCUACGCCCCGGAUGUGCACAUCAUCAGACAGGCGCACCUCGACUUGCACAACCAACAAGGCGGAGUCGUCCGGUCGAUCGGCCCGAUCCGGCUGGUCGCCUACAACGGCGCGCUGUUGACCGUGGAGACCGAGUGGUCGGCGUACAUCUCGCCGUGGAGCCGCAAGAUCGAGAUGGUCGUCGCCAGGCAUCGUGUCUUUGACGCGCCAGUUGGAGACGCUGAUGUUCUAUCGCCACCUCCGGCCGGUACCCCAACCUUCACGUUACCCCUACCUCUCGUGAAAACCUUUGAAGAGGAGUUGAAGACGAUCAUGAGCCGGCCAGUCCACGACAGCCCUGCCACCACCCCGACCCUCACGAACCCGUUCGCCCAAUUCCAGGCCCUGCAAGCCAUCCGGCCACUCUAUCCAUUAGGUCUCUCUACCCAAUCCCCCGAUCUCUACUCGUACGUCGAGCGCCUUGUCGAGAACCUCGUCGUCCAGGGUACCCCCGGAAACGUUCAUGAGCAAUUGGCGCAUUUCCAGCAGCAGGACAAACCGACCUCGUCCUCAGCCCCGGCCACCCCAUCCCCGAUGGUCAACGCCGAAGGCGCACCCCUCUCCUACAGCCAAAUCAACUGCCUCGAGAAUGUGCACCGAUUACUCAAGAGCCAACAAACACCAGCCCAUGAACGCCCACAACCUGUUGUACAUGAUCUCAGUGCCGCCCAAGAUAGCCUACCCCUCACGCGAGCCGUCCUCCUCGAACACACCCGGAGAUGGGAGGAGCAGUGCAAGACGACGUGGCACCACCGGUUGACCCGGAAACGCCAUCAGAACCACGAUGGAAGCGAGCAGGGAGCAGAACCCACCACCGCCAAGAAGAGCCGCAGCGGGGCGAGGUCGCCAAAGUGGACAGCGCCCAGGCCGUUGCCGCCGAACCCGUCACCACCUACAGCGUAUCAGAUCACAAGCACCCCUCUACCAGCCGCCGGCACCCCUCGCCCAUCGGCCUUCCACCAAGUCGCGCCGCGCUCUAUCGUGCGCCCUGGCACCGUACCCGGCCCGUCUGUCAUCCAGCCAACCCACGAUGCACCGAAGCAAGGAAACUCGGGCGCUAGUCUACGUACGUUAAAAGAAGCCGAGCGACUGCAGCAACAAGCACUGGCCGCCGACCCAACAAUUUUCGACUAUGACAAGAAUUAUGAUGAGAUCCAGCGAAAACGCGAUGAAAAGAAAGCAGAAGACAAAGUAAAGGACAAGGAACGCCAAUCUAAAUAUGCUGAUGAUAUUAUGAGGGCGCAUAUGAUACGUAAUUUGGAGGAGAAAAGUCGCGAAGAACGAUUGCAACAAAGGGAACGCAUAAAGGAAAAAGGUGAAUUCGACGAGAAGGAAGUGUUUGUUACGGGUGCUUAUCGUCAACUGAUGGAGGAGGUUGAGGUCUAUCGCAAAGAAGAAGCACGUCAGAAUCUUAUUGACGAGGCAACCGCUAUCGACAAACAGAAAAUUUGGCAAUCUGGAUUUGCGAGGACGAUUUUAUCAUCGAUCGCUCGAGAUGGGGAUGACGGGACGACGUCUGUAAAGCAAGAACCCGAGACAGCUGAGAAGCCCGUGGAGUUCAAGCCGCGCAAAGCCACUAAUAUUCGCAAGCGGGAGAAGAGCGCCGAGCCGUCCGAAGACAAGAAAGAUUCCGACAAGCCGAAGAAGUCGAUUUACGACACUGAUGACGAAGAGGAGGCCCCGAAACCAACGCAUAAAAACUUUGGUGUGGAAUUGAGGGCCGGAUUGAACAAACCAGCGGCUAAACCCGAGGAAAACACAGAAAAAGCGCUGACCAAGGCCGAGCGUCUACGUCGCGCGAUGACCCCAAGUGACGAGGAGGGUGAAGUAGAACGGAGAGAUCGAAGGGCCGACAGAAAAUCCAAAAAGCCUGAGCCGAAGGAAGAGGAGCCGGCCGAAGUUGACGAAAAACCAAGACCGAAACAACCGAAGGCACCCCGGCCUGGAACACAAGAAGCGAAGCAGUUGCGUCUCGAGAGCUUCAAGAAAGUGCUGGCGCAGCGCAACGGCCCCAAGGAGAUCGAGGAAGCCCGUCAGCGUUACCUGGAACGCGUUGCAGAUAGCGUUGUAACAUUACCGUAU